AUCACAGCACCCUAUUAAUGCGUUAAGAUUAUGAUGAUAAAACUAUGCUAGAGACAUUGACUCUCCUUGUCACAGUUCGCCAUGUCUGCACUAGGUCGAUUGCGUGUGUCUUUUUGUCGUACAGCCUGGUUUAACAGGCCUAAACAGCCGACAUGGACAUCAAUCGCGAGGUUAGCGUUAAACACUUCGAGAUACAACAACAACAGUGCCAGAGGAGGCGUAGUUCUGACAAGUGAACGCUAUCCAAGUCUUCAGCGAGGAGACUACACGGCUGUCACGGACAAACACAUAGCCUUUUUCGAGGGGUUGCUUCCAGGACGAGUGAUCUCAGAUGUGGGGGAUUUAGACGGCUACAACACGGACUGGUUGAAAACCUGCAGAGGAGCAAGCCAGCUUUUGCUGCGGCCCAAAACCACAGAAGAAGUGAGUCAGAUACUGAGAUAUUGCAAUGAAAAUCGACUGGCCGUGGUGCCUCAGGGUGGAAACACUGGACUGGUGGGUGGCAGUGUGCCUGUUUUUGAUGAGAUCAUCAUCUCCACUCAGCUGAUGAACAAAGUCUUCAGUGUAGAUGAAAUUUCAGGCACUUUGGUAUGUCAGUCUGGCUGUAUCCUUGGUAACCUGGAGACCCUCAUUAAUGAGCACGACUUAACCAUGCCCCUGGACCUGGGUGCAAAGGGCAGCUGCCAUAUUGGUGGGAAUCUCGCCACAAAUGCAGGUGGAAUCCGACUGCUGAGAUUUGGCUCACUCCAUGGCAAUGUGCUAGGGUUGGAAGCAGUCCUUCCAAAUGGAGAUGUCUUGGACUCUCUGACAACCCUGAGAAAAGACAACACUGGUUAUGAUGUGAAGCAAAUGUUUAUAGGCUCAGAGGGAACUUUGGGGAUCAUCACAGCUGUCUCCAUCUUAUGUGCACAGAAACCAUCGUCUGUUAAUGUGGCAUUCGUAGGCUGUGAAGAUUUCCCAACAGUAUUAAAAGUGCUUCAGCGCAGCAAAGAAAACUUGGCCGAAAUUUUGUCAGCAUUUGAAUUCAUCGACCGGCAGUGCAUGGCACGUACGGAGCGGAACCUAAAUCUGACAAACCCCAUCACAGACAACAAGUUUUAUGCCCUUAUCGAAACAUCUGGAUCUACCAACCACAAUGAGGAGAAACUCAACCACUUCCUGGAAACACUGAUGGAGGAUGGAAUAGUGCGAGAUGGCACCUUAGCAACAGAAACCAGUAAAGUGCAGUCAAUCUGGAAAUGAAGCAAUCUGGGCCUCCGAGAGCGAAUUGCCGAGGCACUGAUGCAUGAUGGGUACUGCUAUAAAUAUGAUGUCUCGUUGCCGUUGAGUCAUUUUUAUGAGCUGGUUGAGGUAAUGAGAGAGAGGCUGGGUGACAAGGCAGUGUCAGUGGUGGCAUGUGGCCAUGUGGGAGACUGUAACUUACACUUCACUGCAACUACCAGAGAGUUUGAUGAGGAAGUGAUGGGGUUGAUCGAGCCGUUCAUCUACGACUGGGUGACCGAACACAAGGGCAGUAUUAGUGCUGAACAUGGUCUUGGUUUUAAGAAGAAAGACUUUAUUUAUCACAGUAAAUCUAAGGCGGCUGUACAGCUGAUGAAAGAUAUGAAAAGGCUACUUGACCCAAAUGGAAUUCUGAAUCCGUACAAGACCCUUCCUACUGACUGAUUGUAGGAUGCGACUAUAUUGUACAUUUUGUGAUAAGUCCGUUGGUUUAUUACUGUUUAAAAUUGAAAGUAGCUACUGCUAACAAAAUCUAUUCAUGUCUCUACGAUCGUAAGUGAAGAGGUCUGCUAGCAACCUGCAGAUGGUCGUGGAUUUCCCCUGGGCUCUGCUCGGUUUCCUCCCACCUUGAUGCUGGUCCUAGUGGUGUACAUGAUGGCAGUCAUAUACAUGUAAUAUUCUUGUGUGCGGUGUAAAACACCAAGCGAAUAAAUAUUUUUUUAUAAAAAAAAUAUAAUGUAUUUACAUAUUUAAAUUUCAAUAAUCAGUAUUGACCGUGUGUUAUUCAGAUGUUUUAUUAUGCAUUUAUCACCGUACUUUCUGUAUUAACUGUAGAAAAAGUGCUGAUUUGUUCACCAAAUUUUGUGGAUUAAUAAUCGUCAGACAGAUUGUAUAAUUAACCUAUGCGGUUUGUGUGACAUUGUUAAUAUUUGUAAUAAUCGUCAUGGGCAUGGUGAAAAUUUUGUAUUGUUUUUGAUGAUCCCAUAAGUAAGUUUGAUGCUAGGUGCCUGUACGUUUGAGACUACCAUACUUAUCUGGAUUUUCAGACUACUUACCUGGAUUUUGAAACUAGUACUUACCUGGAUUUUGAAACUACCUACCUGGAUGUUGAAACUACUUACCAUGAUUUGGAUACUUCUUACCCGGAUUUUGAAACUACUUACCUUAAUUUUUAAUUUAGGCCUAUGCUCCAAUCAGAUUUAUACCACUAUUAUACUCUAAAAACAGUGCAAUCUGUGUGUAAUCAUCAAUGGAGACAGAAGAUGUAUCCAAGAAAGAUUUUUUUUGGUGAAAGUGUACUUAGUGUCAAAGCCCACUGUCAUCCCUGCACAUUGGUAUGAAGGAUUAUAAGGGUUCUUUGAGUGACAAGGCCAAGGUCUUUCAGGGUCAAGGUUGCAUUUGAUUUUCCAUCAUAAUAUUUAAGCAUGUGUCAUAACCUACACCUGACUUUUUUUUAUGUACAUGUUUAUUAAGAAUUUUCACUUUUGAAACUUUUAAAAUAGUCUUUCAAAUUUUUAUUAAUGAAACAGAUAUGUGUGUUUAUGUAGACUAGGUGGGCCUCUGUGGCUCAGAUGGCUAGAGCACUAGUGCAGCGUAAUGAUCCAGAAGCCUCUCGCCAUUGCGGUCGCUGUGAGUUCAAGUCCAGCUUAUGCUGGCUUUCUCUCCGGCCGUAAGUGGGAAGGUCCAUCAGCAACCUGAGGAUGGUCAUGGGUUUCCCGUGGGCUCUGCCCGGUUUCCUCCCACCAUAAUGCUGACCACCGUCGUAUAAGUGAAAUAUUCUUGAGUAACACCAGUCAAAUAAACAAAUAAAUUAUAUGGACUAUACUGCUGUACUUUGAAAUUGCAAGAAUGUUCCAUUUACUUUAAGUACAGACUCACAGUGUGCUAAAUUCCUCUACACCUUUGUAUACAGAAAGACCUGCAGUAUAAAAUAUGAUAUUUGACAUGACACUCCACGUGCGUAAAGGUGGUCACGCUUAUUCUCCAUAGAGUUUUUUCCCAAAUUCCCAUUUAUCACAAACUAACGAUAAUAAAACAAACUGUUACACAUUGCAUGUACUGAGAUUAUUAUGGUUGAAACUGAGGAGAACAUGAACUGUUCAUAGAAGUCCGAGUUUGUUUAUUACAUUCCUGAACUGUCAGUAUACUACCCUGACCACCCCUGAUGCUCUCCUGCGGUGCUCAGUCAAUAACAAUCACAACCAACGGAAUGAGAUACACUUUCCGAGUCCCUGGGCAAAAAAAUACGUCAUUUACCCUAGUGCCCAGAAUCACUGGACAUGAACAAGAAUAUGGUAAUAAAUAUCUGACAGCUUAAAUAACAUGAAGAGCCAUGGUUUUUUUUUUUGUUGUUGAUGACUUGUAAUACACAUUGAAGGAAAUUCUUACCUUUAUUACUAGGACAUGUAAGGUUCAAUCCCAGCCCUGGGCAAGGAAAUUUGUGGAUCCUCCCUCUCGCUGUUCUUUGGGCCUCUUUGACAUUAAGCACUGAUGUGACCAUUUGCAGAAUCUUGUGUUGGUUGGAGAUCACUCGUUUCCCCCCAGUAGGGUGCACAUAAACCUUCGUCACCCUCACGAAAGUUACUUGUCAAAGGUUGGUCAUUUACCCCAGGCACUCCGGUUUCAUUCAUCCAUAACACUGGCUGUGAAGAUAUUCUAUUUAUCAUAAUUUAGCACUAAGUAUGCUUCAUGAAACCUCUAGUUUUAUGAAGCAUACUUAGUUGAGC